AUGGAGAUUUCUUCACACCGGUUCGGUUGUAGAGAUCCAAUUUUGGAGAUCUCCAAAUUCAAGAUGAUAGCUGUAUUGCAUACUGCUACAUACCUUGACAGUACAGAUGAAAAAUUGGCUCCCAUUGGUAUUGGGGCCAGCAUUUGCUAUGCUAACAACUCCAGGUCCAGUGUGAACCACUGCAGAUUCAGAAACUUCACAGUUAAUAAACAGAAGACGUCAGCUUCCCCAAUUACAAGAUUAUUUACAAUUGGUAUCGAAGAUAAGACUGGAGUCCUACAUGCUGCUGCCAGCAGACCUGAGGCUGAAGUUCUAAUCCCCAUAACAGCAGCUGAAAUGAGUUUAUCUAGAAAUUAUGCAAAAAAUUGUGUGGAUGUGGAAAGCAACUUCCAAAGCAAGACCAUAACAUGCUUUGUUAGGCAUAAUAUCUCUGAUUACCAGGACAGGGAUGAAUCAAGGUUUACUAUCGUUGUUUUGUAUGCAAAUGACGAUGAAGAUGACAAUCAGCAAUUCACACCAACAAGCCAUAAAGUGCUCUCUAUGCUUAAUGAAUCACCAGAUGAAUCUUCUUCCACCAUCAAGAUGUCAAUUGAAAAAACAGGCUCAGUCAAACGAUCACUCAAAUUCCAGGAUGCAACACCAGCCAAUACAAGCACUGAACAUGAAUUACCCGACGAUUCUCAAAAUGUUCAAGAAGCUGACAGUUUAAAGAAACGCCACAAGAACAACUUUUAA